CAGGGCUGUCAAGCUGUCUGGGUGUGAGUAAACACCCUCUAGUGGAGCUGUCGAUAAGCUGCAGUGAUUCAGUCUGUUGUGAACUAUCAGCAUUUCAAGAAGUCUAUGGUCCAGUGCUAAGCCAAGACAAUGUGGUGUUUGGAGCUGCUCAUACCUCUGCUGUUAAUUAUCAGUGAUGCCAACUGUCAGUGGAAUAUUUGGUUACCUCGGGACAUCUCAGCCAUGACAAACUCCUGUGUGGUCAUCCCAUGCAGUUUCAUGUACCCCUCUGGUAUCAGGCCCGCCCGGGGUGUUCAUGGUAUUUGGUACUUUGGCCAGCCCUAUCCGCAACUGUUUCCUCCUGUAGUCUUUAAAUCACUCACAGACGUUGUGCAUGAGAGCUACAAGGGCCGAACCAAGCUUUUGGGUGACCUCAACCAGAGAAACUGCACACUGCUUAUUGGCAAUGUUGGCACAGAGCACUCAGGAAGAUACUACUUCCGUGCGGAUGUUGGUGGAGCCAACAAAUAUUCCUACCCAGAUUAUGCUGAGCUUAAAGUUUUAGAUCAGCCCAACAUUGACAUACCAGAGGAGAUUGUUAGUGACGAGAGUCUGGAGCUGACGUGUUACGCUCCUGAUAACUGCCCAGACAUGACUCCAGACAUCCAGUGGAUGUACACCGACUACCUGCCUGAUCCGGUGUUCAGCACUGAAUACACAGAGGAGAGCAAUACAGCCGUAAUCUCUAACACUCUCAUCUUCACACCCAGACCUAUGCACAAUGGCCAGCUGCUGGGUUGCAGGGUCUACUUCCCCAACACCACACUGGUCUAUGAGAGGCUCAUCUCAUUAGAUGUCAAGUAUUCUCCACGAUCAGUAUGGGUGAAUGUAUCGUCUGAAGUGAUGGAGGGCAGCUCUGUGACACUGCACUGUGAAGUGGACAGCAACCCUUCUCCCCGUGUCGCCUGGCUGUUCGGAGACAAGGAGGUGCUAUGGGACACAGCGUCCAACAUCUCUCUGUCCCUGGAUGAUGUGACGCCUGAAAAUGAGGGGAUUUACACUUGCGUUGGAGACAAUGGCUAUGGCAUUAUGAACACAUCACUGUACCUCGCUGUGAAAUACCCUCCUCGGGAACCUGUUGUGAACGACUCCAUGACAGUAGUUCAGGGCUCCUCAUUGGCCCUGCACUGUAACACCAUGGGGAGCCCGGCUCCAACCCUGACCUGGCUGAAGGAUGGGGAGCUGGCAGGCUCUAUAACUGCUGGCGAGCUCUCGGUGCUGGAGAUCAUGGAUAUCACACCGCAGCAAACAGGACAGUAUCGCUGCCUGGCAGAGAAUGAGCAUGGACGAGCCAGCGCUUCCCUCAAUAUCACUGUGGAAUAUGCCCCUCUGCUUCUUGAGGAGUCAAAGUGCACAGUAGUGAGGGAGGGCGUCCAGUGUGUUUGUGUGGCUGUGGGAAACCCUGAGCCCACCAUUGAGUUUUACCUGCCUGACCUCAACAUCACCAUCAACGAAACUGACGGUCGGUUCAACUUCUAUACUCACACGGACGGUCACACAUCCACUGCGAUGAUCAAACUACGGGAGAAAGGUGAGCGGGCCGACAACAACGGGCCGGCCGUGAACGUCCACUGCAGCAUGUACAACAUCUACGGGAGGGAGAGCGUCCUUUUGGAGCUCCAACAAGAAAAAAAGUACAUGAUGGCAGUUAUAGUUGGCACCAUUGGAGGAGUUGCAGUCAUUGCCUUCAUUAUUGCAGCAGUGAGAUAUGUGGGCCAGAAUAACAAGAAAGAGAAUGGCAACCCUAGGCAGGACGUGGUCCUGGAGAACCCAGCUUUGUACUACAGCGCAGUCAAGAAGGACAAACAAAAUCUGAGGAAGAAAGUGCUUAAGACAGAGCUGUUGGGCUCAAAGUUUAACUCCAUUCUAGAGGAGACUACGGGAGAAGACGGCGAUUACCAACCUGUGGGCUCUGUGGCAGGACUGGAGAGGCAAGAGCUGAAUUAUGCUUCUCUGGAGUUUAUUGGCGCCAGGCCAAGGGAGGGGCCAUCCGGGAGGGGAGAUGACGGCAGCAACUACACAGAAAUCAAAGCCAAAUGAAUCGCGAUCCUUCCCUGAUCCCUCGGCUAUGCGAGACGCAGUGGCAGCCACGAGUUACAUACAUCUUCAACAAAAACUUUUAUUAACUCCUUCACUGGAUUUCUCCCUGGUUAUGGUGACUCACCGUUUCAUUUUUUAUCCUUAUGUAUAAUUUACAACUCCCUGACAGUGGCCUCCCGCUUUGAGGUGCCCCUUUCUUUAUGCAAUAUCCUUUUUAUAUGCUCCAGGAUGGAGCCGGACUCAGAGGACAAAAUCAUACAUUAUUUCAAUUACAAGAUUCAAUUGUUGUA